AUGCACAAUGCUUUUUCCAUGAAGGAAUUAGGAGAUAUUUCCUAUUUCUUAGGUAUUUCCGUUCAGUCCACUGCUCAAGGUUUCUUUCUCUCCCAGCAGAAGUAUGCCUCGGAGCUUCUUCUUAAAGCUGGCAUGACUAACUGCAAGCCUUGUGCUACACCUACCUCAGCUAAACCUUCUCUUCCUGCUGCUGAUUCUCUUCCAUUCUCUCAACCUUUUCUUUUUCGCAGUCUUGUGGGUGCCCUUCAGUAUCUUACUAUAACUCGCCCUGAGAUCUCCUAUGCUAUCAACCAAGCCUGCCAACAUAUGCAUGCCCCUACUGUGGCUCAUUUUUCUGCUGUUAAACGUAUCUUACGUUACAUUAAAGGUUCCCUUUCCCAUGGUCUUCUCUUUGCUCCUGGUUCUUUUCAUCUCACAGCAUACUCUGACUCCAAUUGGGCUGGGGAUGCCACCAACUAA